UGUAGUUGACCAGUUCAAGUCAAGAAUACGGGAAGCAGAGGUAACCAUCCAGGACCUAACUCGAAGCCUUGAGUUUUCUCGGGCCGAAGUGAAGUAAAAGAGCUCAGGAAAUUCGCAAGUGAAAGUAAAGCCACUAAUGAAGUUUUGAGUCACGAAUUAAGGACCUUGAACAAAGACAGAAUUACCAAGAAGAUUAUAACAGACGAAAUAAUUUAUGUAUAAGUAGGAUUGAAGAAAAACUUGGUGAAACAUGGGAAGAAACAGCCAUAGCAGUGUCGCAGCUCAUUGAAGAAAAGCUUCAGUUGCCUGCUGUCAAGCUAGAACGCGCUCACAGAACCGGACUUGUGUUGCCUUCACGUUCUCGUGUUGUUGUCGCGAGAUUCGAGAAGUUUAACGAUCGAGAAGCAGUGAUGCGAAAUGCUAGAAAAUUGAAAGGUUCUGACAUAUAUAUAGAUGAAGACCUUUGCCCUGCAUCCCAAGAAAUUAGAAAGAGUCAGAUACCUCUCAUGAAGAAGGCCAGAGAAGAAGGCAAGAUUGCUUUCUUCAAACACACCAGGCUAAUAAUAAAAGAUAAGAGUACUAAUCAUCAACUCCAGGGAAGAAGUUCUCGCAUUGAAGGUGUCUCGACCCAUGAAGCAGUGGGUGACGUCACGGGAGCAAUGGACCAGGCGAGUGAAGCAAGUGGUGGUGAAUCAUCGGUUGGUGCUGAAGGUGGAAAUAAUUAUGCCUCGACUCGUGGCGCUGUGGGACACGUCUCGGAAGCAGUGGUCCAGGCAAAUGAAGCAAAUGGUGGUGAAUCAUCGGUUGGUGCUGAAGGUGGGAGUACUGGUGGUCCCCGCUCUGCUCCCACUGGAUCCUCUGGUGUCGGUGGUGGUAGUGGGUCCUGCCAUGGCCGCCCUACACCCUCGGGUACUGGUGGUGGUCUUUAGGUGCAGCCCCGACACAGCGACAGCAGCAGACUUCACGUACCAGAAAUCGCAGGAAAAGUCCAGCACGGCAGUCCUCUGGGGCGUCAAGGUGAGGUCCAUAGAAAAGUCUGCCUUCUCGUGCUGCAGCGUCCCCACAGUGCCCGUCCAGUUGCCGGUGCUGGUUCUCAGGCCCCACAAGCCGUCUUCUGGCUCACGAACUACGUAACUAAGGGGGAGGUCUUUGAUAUAAGUGAUGUAAUGAUGGUGAUGCAGCGGCGAGUACAAGGGGUAUGAUGAUGGUGAUGUUUAUAAGUGCACUAAAUACAAUUUCACGAUAUAUUUUCCUGAAUUUCCUUCGUCACAUAGAGAAAAUAAACAAAAAAAGAGUGAAUAGGCUAAUAAACAAAUAAAUUAAUAAAACAAAUAUUAGUGACCAUGAAGGCCUUAACUUAAUUAUGAUUAGCAACAAUCCACUGGAAAUGGAAAAGAAUCUUGGAAAUGGAGAACAUAAGUUUCUUUUUCCUAUCUGGAUAUGAUUCACUUUUUACUUACUCAGCUUUGGGAUCUCUGUAGACGGCAUAUACCACCACCUUUGCUAGCUUAUCGUGCCUGUAGGUUUCACUGUUUUGUCUUUGUGAGCCAAGUAUUUCCCUUUCAUUAGAAGAAGGCUGAUCAGUGAUGCCACUCGUGCCUACCGCCUGUCGCCAAAAGGGACCUAAACUUGUCUACGUGUCUUCCCUGUGUCUCUCCAACAAUGAGCUGAGUACAUCGUGCGACUGGGUUUGGUUCCCUUCGAAAGACGACAUGCUCCGUCGCUUGCCAUGAGAUACAGCUCACAUUGAACCUCCACUCAGAAUCGCUAGAAAUUAGGUGAUGUGCCGGCGCCUUUGAACACCACAGCUGCUCAGUGCUAAAUAGAUGGACAGGGAUAUGGUGCGCUCGGAAACCCUACCUCGGAACACUAUCUCGGAAUAGAUGGAUAGGGAUAUGGCGUGCU